CUUCUGGAGAGCGAGCCGCGCAGCCUGCCGCGCUGGCGACCCGGGGAAGCCGCCGCGUUUGGUCGCCACGUGCCCUCGUGCGCAAACCCCCUCCUCCUCUCCCGUCGAUCAGGUGAGGGCUCCAGGGCGGACGGCGCUGCCAACGAGGAGUACCUGAACCACGCAGAGGCUCAGGACGUCUGGGCCGGUCGGAGCGGACCCAUCAUCGUGAAGUAUGAUAUCCAGAACGACGCCGAGGGGGACAAGGACGGCGCGGCGUUCGUGCUCCAGGGCUCGCCGGAGGGCGCGGGGGGUGACGGGCUGACCGUCUGGGCUCCGGGGGGGGCGUCCCAGAAGGAGGAGCAACUCCUCAUCCUCCAGUAAUGGGACAAAGGUCGAAUCUUCGUGUUCGACCCCGUGUUUCCCCCCCCAGAUUCAAAGUUGGUUCGGGC